AGCCCUGUGACAGGCAUUGUCGGCUCUACCAUGUCCGGACCUUUGGGGACCCAAAGGAACUUGUAUGGGUGGAGGAAAAAUCAACUCACACGUUCCAUGGAGGCUUUGAAUUUGACCAACUGCUUCUUUUGCGUCGAAGGAGCAAACAAAGAGAGAAGAACAACAAAAAAAACACUAUUGCUAAGCGUUUUCAGCUUUCUUGGAAAUCCGGUGUGGCGGAGGCUGAAUCGGUUGUAUCUGGGCGACCCAAGAUGACUUCCUCCUUGGCUUCAUUCAUAGACCAAGCCUUAUCCUGUAGUCCCCCACCAGCAGAAGAGAAGAAGCCCCAUUCAGACGUUCCUUUGCCCACUUUGCCCGUUUCCACUGUUUCUGAACCAUUGCACUUAACAAAUCAAUCCACUUUGUCUACGGUUACAACUCAGACAAAACCAAGCACUUUAAAGAAAGCUUCUAACAAGAAGAAGCAAAGAAAACCCCCUAAGGACAAUGGGAGUAAAAACUCCAGAAAGACGUUGCAUUGUAGUCCUGACCAACCUUAUAGAGAUAACAGAGAGUGCCCUUACUCUGAUCUUGACUCAGUCCCUAAGAUUUUGUGUCCUAAAGCACUUGAACGUCAGCCAAAGCUACUUCCAUCUCAGCCGUCCGUGGCAGUAGUCAAAGAGCUAAAGAAACAACCUGAGAUCCAGACUGGUCUUUGGUUUAGUAAAUCAGGCAAGGACAGGCGACCUAAAACGACCAGUCCAGUACCGGACCGGUCUCUCUUUAGUAAGGGUCCCUGUAAGAAAAAGCACUUAUCCACAGUUAAUAAGAAGGCGCAAAUUCCUUCUGCCUCAUUGAUUGGCUCCAGUGACCAGGUUGCACUGACAGACAAGAAGAAGUCAACAGAUAAUGGUCCAGUACUUGAGCAGUCAGUACCUGAGAAAUGUAGAACCACUGAGGCCAACCCUGUCGAUAGAAGUGGCAGUCCUGUUGAACAGUCAGAAUCUUUGGACAAACAAAACACCCAGUUGUCAAUUGACAGCGCUUGCUCCAAAGGUCAACAGUCACCCGAGGCCAUCACAACCCCUUCAAGCAGUUCAUCAGACAGCCCAGGGGCUAAAGAAGACUUGCAUCCCUCAGAGAAAGUCAGUUUUAAUGACCAUUCAGGUUCUUUAGAGAGUGUAAAGUGUGUAAGUCAAACUGAACUUUCCGUCAUCACGGCUACUAAAGAGCUUAAUGUAACUGAAACACUUUCUGACCAUGAGAAGGAAACCCAGGAGGCUUUGGUGUCCUGUUUAGAAGUUGAAACAAGUGAUCCAGGCUCCAGCUUAGAAGAGGAAACAAACCUGGUCACCCAACGCAGACUGCCGUUUGUGAAACUGAUACGAGAGGAGGUAGAAGAUAAGAAUCAUGACAACUCCAGCUCGACAGAUUCUCCCACUGACCAAAGCGAAUGCAAAGAGCAAGAGAAGACAUCGGACACUGACGUGAAUCAAGGAAACGCUAAUAAAUCAAACUCGAUUGGUAGUGAAGCCGAUGCCUCCAUGGAUCAAACGGCAUCCUCAGAGUCCAUUAAGGUGUCGGUCAAGAAGUUAAAAGCUAGAAGUGAGUCUGGCCUACUUCGGCUCUCAUCUGAGUCACCGCCUGGAGAUAAUGACGUGGCUUCCAUGAAAUCUUCUGACGAGUUAAGUAGCCCAGAAGUAGAACGGAUAUUGGUGUCAAAUGUUAGCCCAAAAAGUAUGGCUACCUUAGCGUCCAGUGAAUCAGACAGCUCAGAAUGUAAGAAAAGAUCCUCUGACCAGUCAGGCAAUACAGAGGAAAACCUCUCACCGAUUAAAGCUACGGCUUCUCCAUCUAGAAAUUCCCACGUCUCUAAAAGUAUGUCUCUUCCAAAACCCCAAAAAGCUGUUCACAAACUGAAGCAGGUUAAAGAAGUUAAGAAAGUCCUGAAAGAGCAGCCGGCCCAUCUUCCGGCCAGCAAUCGGCUGAUGACUCGAGCACUCAUGGCCUUGCGAGAGGUAGACCAGAAGAAGCGUAAAAAAGCCCAGCAAGAGAUUGAACAAAGUAAGCUGCUGAACCCUGUGGAGAAAGUUGAGGAUCUCACGUGGAAACCAGAACCCAAAGUUGAUAUUUGCACUAAUGUAAAAAAUCUCAAAUCUAAUCACAUUGACAAUGGUGAGUGUGAUCAAGGCACCUUUUCUAGAUGUAGCUCCCCUUCAUUACUGUUCUCUGAUUCAGAUGAUCUUGAGGCUGAUGUCAAAAGUGAAGAGGAAGACCUUUCGGUUUCUUCGACUCCCCCGAUGGACUUCAUACCCCUUACUUCUAAAAUAAAGGCGAAGCAGGAAGAUCAGCCCCCUACAAUACAAUCUUCACCUCCUUCACCGUUCUCCUUCAUGAAAACCUUUAAGAAUGUUAAGGAGGUCUCCUUUCAAUCUUUAUCGAAUGGUAGCGAUGGGAAACCAGUCAGCUUCAAGUCUGACCCAAAAUACCAGUUCAGCACUUUUCUUAUGAUGUUGAAGGACUUGCACGACACCAGAGAGCGAGAUGGCACGCCCCUGGAGUUAAACAUUGGGCCACCCAGUGCACAUGUGAAGGAGGAGCCUUUGGUGAUACCACCCAAGGCUUCGCUGGAAGGACAAGGUCAAAAAACUGAAUGUGUUCCUCGCACAACCGAUUCAAUCCCAGACAAAAGUGUGGUUGCACAAAACGGAUGUGGUACGGGUCAGAAACCCAAGAGGCCCUAUAACAGAAGGAGCAGCGUCCAUUGGCUGAAAAAGAAAACCAAUCGCAGGGUGCCUUUUCCCUCUGCCAGGUCUGGGCCUGGUUUUCCAGGACUUGAGGCAGCAACAGCAAUGGCUCCCUGGCCUGAAGUGGACCUCUCCACAAAAAUGCUGGAUGUACAAAGCGGCAGCGGCUGGAAGAGCAAGGCUGGUGUUGGUGAAUGCCUGGGAGGUCAAGAGGAGGCGCCGGAGGGGAGGUGGAAGAGAUUAAAGGGCAGUCAACAGAUUACUGUGCCUUUCGAAAAGAGGGAAGGUCCUACGCUCACCCCGGAACAGUCGACCAGGCUUACCGGAGACGGCUCGAAGAAUAAGAAAAGCUGGAUUCAUAAACCUGGGGAAGAUGACAAGGCUUCAGCAGAUUCAGAACAAAAGCGAGUACGAAAACCCAGCAAGCGAUUGCUUGAAUGGACUGAGGAGUACAACCACAUUUUCUCCACAAAGAAGAAACCCAAAAAGCCUCUCCAGUUGAUGGAUAAGGCCAACGAUUCUGUUACUUCACUUACUGAUCUGCCGGACUUGGACAAGAACCUACCCGACAGCUCGUCUUCCUCCUUACUUCCUGAAAUACUGACGCCGCCCCCCGAAGAACCCGCUCCAACGACACCUUCAGAAGUUCAGAUUCCCAAAGCAGAAAACCCGCCGGCACAAGAGAUGCCGGUGCUUUCCGUAGACUCCCUAACUCCUCCUCCUGAAGCUGAACCUUCGCUGACAGCAGGCCUCAUCAAAGACAACAAAGUUGCUCCUGUGCUUGAAAAGAAGCGGAAGAGGAAGCCCACUCAGAAGAUCCUGGAGUACUGUCUGGAGGCCGAGGCAUCUACAGUCCCAAAGAAGAAGAUGAGAGCGCUGAAGACAAAUUCAAAUGCUGCACCUCUGCCAGAUUCUCCUCCGCCGCCUUCUAAAUCCAAGACCAAACCCCUUCCAGCGUCCCCACCAGUCUGCGAGCUCACCACCUGCACACCCGCACCCUCCAUUCAGACUCAAACCCCUCCUGCACCGCCCGCCCCGGCGUCCAGCCUGCCCGAACCUGAACAGGUGGAGACAACACCUGCAGAGGCGUCUCAGUCGGACGACAACAGCCUCCAGGAGGACACCAAGGACUCCGCAGAGUCCGAGGAUGAGAAGUUUGCGCCGGAGCACAGGUUCUCCUCCUUGAAGGACGACCUGUUGCUGUGUGACGACGCCGUUUCACCUGUGAGGAAGAUCAUAGGUGACCGAGGAGGGCCAGCCUCCAUGAAGGAGAACGUGUGCCAGGUGUGUGAGAAGACGGGGGAGCUGCUGCUCUGCGAGGGUCAGUGUUGCGGAGCUUUUCACCUGGCCUGCAUCUCUCUUGCCGAGGCGCCAAAAGGGAAGUUUGUCUGCCCAGAGUGCAAGUCAGGGGUCCACACCUGCUUUGUGUGUAAAAAGCGCAGCCAAGACGUGCGCCGCUGCAUGAUUCCUGUGUGUGGCAAGUUUUACCACGGCGAGUGUAUCGCAAACUACGCUCCGACGGCGCCGGUGAACCGAAGUUUCCGCUGCUCCAUCCACGUCUGCCUGACCUGCUUCAUCGCCAGCCCCAACAGCUCGUCCAUCUCCAAGGGCCGUCUGGUGCGAUGCGUUCGCUGCCCGGUGGCCUAUCACGCCACGGACCUGUGCAUGGCGGCGGGCAGCGUUGUGCUCUCCAACAACAGCAUCAUCUGCCCGAACCACUUCGCCCCGCGCCGCGGCGUCAAGAACCACGAACACGUCAACGUCAGCUGGUGCUUUGUCUGCACCGAAGGAGGAAGCCUUCUGUGCUGCGAGUCUUGUCCGGCGGCGUUUCACAGAGAGUGUCUGAACAUUGAGAUGCCCAAAGGCAGCUGGUUCUGCAAUGACUGCAAGGCUGGGAAAAAACCUCGCUACAAGGACAUCCUGUGGGUGAAGGUCGGCCGCUACAGGUGGUGGCCGGCAGAGGUCAGCCAUCCCAAAACCAUCCCGGGGAACAUCCAGCGGAUGAGGCACGAUGUCGGCGAGUUCCCAGUGCACUUCUUUGGCUCCAACGACUACCUGUGGACCUACCAGGCCAGGGUCUUCCCGUACAUGGAUGUCGAUGCAAACAGCAAAGAGAAGAUGGGCAAAGGUGUCGAUGCCACAUACAAGAAAGCUUUGGAGGAGGCCGCCCUGCGAUUCCGUGAGCUACAGGCAGAGAAGGAGCUUCGGCAGCUUCAAGAGGACAAGAAGAACGACAGAAAGCCACCACCAUACAAACAUAUUAAGGUGAAUCGUCCAAUAGGAAAAGUUCAGAUCUUUACUGCCGACCUAUCAGAGAUCCCCCGCUGCAACUGCAAGGCGACAGACGAGAGUCCGUGUGGGAUGGACUCUGAGUGCAUCAACCGCAUGUUGCUGUACGAAUGCCACCCUCAGGUUUGCCCAGCCGGCGAGAGAUGCCUCAACCAGGCGUUCACCAAGCGCCAGUACAGCCAGGUGGAGAUCUUCAGGACUCUCUCUCGAGGUUGGGGCCUCCGCUGUGUCCACGAUAUCAAGAAGGGUCAGUUUGUGACCGAAUACGUCGGCGAGGUGAUUGGCGAGGAGGAGUGCAGGUCGAGGAUCAGACACGCCCAGGAGAACGACAUCUGUAACUUCUACAUGUUAACUCUAGACAAGGACCGAAUAAUCGACGCCGGGCCAAAAGGGAACGAGGCUCGCUUCAUGAACCACAGCUGCCAACCAAACUGUGAGACGCAGAAGUGGACAGUCAGCGGAGACACUCGGGUGGGGCUGUUCGCUCUGGUCGACAUCACUGCAGGCACAGAGCUGACCUUCAACUAUAACCUGGAGUGCCUGGGCAACGGGAAGACGGUGUGUAAGUGCGGCGCGCCAAACUGCAGCGGCUUCCUGGGCGUCAGGCCCAAGAACAACCCGCCGUCGGAAGACAAGGGCCGCAAGCUGAGGAGGCGAGGCCACGGCCGGAGGAAGAAGAAGGUGGUGUUGACCAAAGAGAGAGAGGACGAGUGUUUCAGCUGUGGAGACGGAGGACAAAUGGUCUCCUGCAAGAAGCCAGGAUGUCCCAAAGUGUACCACGCAGACUGCUUAAACCUCACAAAGAGGCCUGCAGGUCGCUGGGAAUGUCCGUGGCAUCAGUGCGACGUAUGCGGGAAGGAGGCGGCGUCCUUCUGCGAGAUGUGUCCCAGCUCCUACUGUCCCCAGCACCGAGAAGGGCUGCUCUUCAUCUCCAAGCUGGACGGCAAGCUGUGCUGCAGCGAGCACGACCCCUGCGGUCCGGAGCCUCUGGAGCCGGGAGAGAUACGCGAGUACCAGCCUGAGCCGGGAGCCCUCACCUCCGGCCUGGGCAUGGCCGUCAUCCCCUCCGGCGGCCCGAGUGCCGCCGGCCCCCUCAGCCGGCCCGGCGGCGGCGGCGGCAGCAGGAGCGCGAAGGAAGACGGCGACGCCGGCGGCAGUCAGGAGACGUUCCCUUCGUUCUCCAUCCCGGUGCCCAUCACCAUCCCUGUCGGCGGCACGUCUCCGUGUAACAGCAGCUCCGACGCGGCCAGCAGCCCGCACGUGUUCGACCUCCCCCACUACUCGCCCAUCUCCUCCUACGAAGAAGAGAGGGACGUCUUGGAGGAAGAGGAGGAGGAGGAGGAGGAGGGGGAGCUGCUGGAGGAAGAGGAGGAGGAGGAGGAGUUAGUGGAAGAAGGGGAAGUCAGCAGGAAUAAGUGGGACUCUCAGGAGGAAGACGAGGAGGACGUGGGGCUGGAAUACCUGGAGCUCAAGGACGAAGAGGACGAAGAGGAGGACGAUUGAUGCGCACAGAGUUAUUUAUGAUUAUAACUCCAGGUCACUGCAGCAAGGCAGCACUUGAAACUUAACGAUGUUCUGGAGGAUUUGGGGGGGGGUUUAGGAGAAAAAUAAAUUCACACGAGCAUAAAUAAAUUGUGAAGCUAUAAACUUAAAAACACGAACACCACAUAGAUUUUUUAAAUAGAAUAACAUAUAUAUAUCCGUCAUCCUCACAAUUUAUUUAUAGUCGCUCUCGUACCUCAUCGUCACACACUCGCACCUUUUCGUAUGAGAGAUUUUGAUUUUGCAACGAUCCGAAAAAAUGUUCUCCAGAAACUCUAGAAUCCUAUUUAACGAAAGUGUUUUUGGUCUUUUAGAUUUCAAUCAUCCGCUGCUUUGGGUUUCACGCAGGUCAGAGAGGCGUCACGUCGGAACAUUUUAUCUCCUCAGCGUCGCCUCGCGUCUCUGCUGGACCCAAUCUCAUCCUUGUGGAGUUUUUUUGUCACACGCAGCUGGACUUUGCUGCGGCCGAAACCUCCAAAAAGGUUAUGAACCAUCGGGGAUUUGGAGCACAGGCGUCUAAGAAAUCCCCUUUGUCUCCGACUCGUGUUGUGUGUUGGUGCUUCAUGAUGAAGUGGAAAUACAUCAGAUGAUCGCCUGGCGAACAGAACCGUGCUGUUGGCUUUGACUGCUUAAAAAAAAAGAAAAAAA